AGUGUGUGAACCACUCACAGCAACAACAACUAAAACUAAAAUAGGAAGAAAGGCCAAUCUCGGCAAGACUGCGAAAUCAUGCGAAAAGAUUGCCUCAUCGCAUUGCUGGCACUCGUCUGUCAACUGGCCCUGGCGACAGCGGACAGAUCGGAUGACGAUCAUUGGGUCUGGCGCACCUACAGCCGAAGACAGCGUGCAUUCAAGGAUGACGAUAUCGAUCGCAUUGCCAGCACAUCCUCGAGAAAGACACACGAGCAGCAGCUGAGGCGAGAGCCCACGACGAGGAGACCGCUACCUGGGGAGCCGGAGAACGAUGAGAUCGAGGACUAUGUGGAUGUGCAGCCCACAGUGUCGCCUAAUGUGGGCACACGCCAAUACAGCCCGUAUCCCAGUGGCAAUCCCUAUGGUGGCUUCGGUGGUGCACAGCCCAAUGGUGGUCAGUUUGCAGGCGGCUUUGGUGGCAGUCCGGGAGUGCUCGUAGGUCCAGGUGGACCCACAGGUGUCAUCGGUAGACAACCUCUCUAUCCCAAUGUCUAUCAAAAUGGUUUUGGUGGUGGACAAAAUGGACUCGGAUUCGGACAGGGACAGGGACACGGAUUGGGUGGCUAUCCCGGCAGCUUUGGCAGCUUUGGUGGCGCAACUUUCCCUGGAGUGGGUGGUGGUUACCCGGGCGCGCAGCAGGGUCAGUUUGCCGGCGCUGGCAGUCAGUAUCCAUUUGGUGGCUUUGCCGGAGCGGGCACCAAUUACAACAGCAAUCAGUUCGCAACGCCUGGAGGACAGUAUGCGGGUGUCGGACAGUAUCCGGUAGCCCAGUACGGUGGACCACAGUACACGGAGGGCUAUGGCCUCGCAAGCUUUGGCCAAGGUCAGCCAGGUGUGCCAGUCUCUGGAUUUGGUGGCAACUAUGGAGCGGGCGGCAAUUUCGGAUCCAAUCUAUUUGGCUUCGACGAGAAGUCGCCAGCCGUAGCGGAGGGCAAGAGUGCAAAGUCUGUCGCCAUUGCACCAGCGACUGUCAAUGAUAAGCUCAGCAUGGAUAAGAAGGCUUAGCUGCCGCUAUCCCACACCUAUCUACCCACCACCCUGUAGUAUUCAUUAGUGAUCUAGGCUUAGCUAUAUGUUUA